UUUUGAAAGGGUUUAAGCCAAGUGAAAGUAGGGUUCUUUCUUCCAUUUCCAGUUUCCUCCGUAUCAUCAAAAUAUCAUAAACCACCGCCAUGUCUGUCUCUCGCUUUCUCCUCCGUCCUCUCCGCCGUCUCACCACCAUCACCACAAUCUCCCACCACCACCAACUACCACCAACCGCCCCCACUUUCAUCCCCAUCCGCCCCUUUUCCUUUUCCUCCUUCGAAGAAGCCGCCGCCGAACGCCGCCGCCGCAAACGCCGUCUCAGAAUCGAACCCCCACUUCACGCGCUCCAACGCGACCCCAACGCCCCUCGCCCUCGCCGCGAUCCAAACCAACCCGACACAACAUCUGCACUGGUGGGCCCCCGUCUUAGUCUCCACAACCGUGUCCAGUCGUUAAUCCGUGCCCACGAUCUCGAUAGCGCCUCAGUGGUGGCGCGUCAGUCUGUGUUUUCAUCCACGCGCCCUACUGUCUUCACCUGCAAUGCCAUUAUCGGAUCAAUGUACCGCGCGAAAAGGUUUUCUGAUGCCAUUGCUUUGUUUAUGUAUUUUUUUAAGCAGUCGAAUAUUGUCCCGAAUGUAGUUAGUUAUAAUUUCUUGAUUAUUAGUUAUUGUGAAAAUGGGGAGGUUGAUAAAGGGUUGGAAGUGUAUCAACAUAUUAAGGAAAAUGCCCCUUUUAGUCCUUCCGCGGUUACGUUUAGACAUUUGACUAAAGGGUUAGUUGACGCUGGACGGAUUGAUGAGGCCGUCACGUUGUUAUGGAAAAUGGUGGGUGAUGGGCACGGGGCGGAUUCACUUGUUUUUAAUAACGUGAUACUCGGGUUUUUGAAUUUGGAUAAUUUGGAAAAGGCCAACGAGUUUUUUGAUGAGUUGAAAGGGAGGUGUUUGGUUUAUGAUGGGGUUGUGAAUGCAACUUUUAUGGAGUGGUUUUUUAAUAAAGGGAGAGUGAAGGAAGCGAUGGAGAAUUAUAGGUCAUUGUUAGAUAAAGAGUUCAAGAUGGUUCCAGCUACUUGUAAUGUGCUUUUGGAGGUUUUGCUUAAAUGGGGUAGGAAAGCCGAGGCUCAAGCUUUGUUUGAGAGUAUGUUGGAUAGGCACACACCGCCUGUUGUACAAGCGGUGAAUUCUGAUACUUUUAAUUUGAUGGUAAACGAGUGUUUUAAGGAGGGGAGGGCGACAGAGGCUUAUGGUGUGUUUAAGAAGGCAGGUACGGCUGCCAAGUCGAAGCCUUUUGCUAUGGAUACUGCGGGUUUUAAUAAUAUGAUUGUUAGGUAUUGUGAGGUUGAUAUGGUAGAUGAUGCUGAGAAGAUGUAUGUGGAGCUGUGUGGUAAGUCGUUGUCACCUGAUGUUAAUACGUACAAGACUUUGAUUGAUGCUUAUUUCAAGUUAGGGAGAGUUGAUGAGGCUAUGGAAAAGUAUACUAAGAUGGUGGACGCAGGUUUAAGAGUGAUUCCUGAUUAUGCAAAUAAAUGGUUUUCUGAGCUGAUUGAGAAUGGGAAGAUUGUUGAGUGUGAACCGAUUUUGACUAAGAUGGCUGAAAGAGAUCCUAAACCGGAUGCUACCACUUAUGAUAUUGUGAUCAGGGCUUUUUGUGGUGUGGAUAAUUAUGACACGAGUUUGAAUUUGUUAGAGCAAAUGAUUAGGUAUGGUGUUGGUGUAGGCCCUGUUCUCAAAGAGUAUGUGUUGGAGGUUUUUGAAAAAGUAGGGCGCAAAGAAGAGGUUGACCAAAUUCUGAGUGCGAGAUGGUCGGGUUAUGCUUCCAACAUGUCAUCCAAUGGAAUUGCACAACAGCAGCAUAAUGGUGGAAACCUGAAUGGGUACAGACAACAGACUGAUAGUGCAUCUCAUGGGAACGUGAAUGGGUAUGGACAGAGGCAACAGUAUGGACACGAGCAGCAAAAUAACACUAGAAAUGAUUAUGCUAGUAGACAGCAUUACAACGGUAGAAAUACACAGCAUUACAAUACAACAGGAAGUUAUAAUGCAGAUGGACAGCAGCCCAAUAUGGGAAGCUACAAUGAAUCUGGGCAGCAGUACAAUACGAGAAGUUACAAUGCAAAUGGGCAGCAGUACAAUACAGGAAGUUAUAAUGCAAAUGGGCACCAGUAUAAUACCGGAAGUUAUAAUGCAAACGCACAGCAGCCUAUGGGAGGCUACAAUACGGGAACUUAUAAUGCAAAUGGGCAGCAAUACAAUUUGGGAAGUUAUAGUGCAAAUGGACAGCAGUAUAAUUCAGGAAGCUAUAAUGCAAAUGCACCACAAUAUAAUACCGGAAGUUAUUAUGCAAACGGACAGCAAUGUAAUUCGGGAAGCUUUAGUGGUACUGGACAGCAGUACAAUUCCGGAAUCUAUAAUGGAAAUGUACAGCAAUACAACGGAAACUGGAACGGAAAUGGUAAUGCACAGCAGUGCAACAAUGGAAGCUAUAAUGGGAACCUACAGCAAUACAACAAUGGAGGUCAUAACGGGAAAGUGGAACCACAAGAAAAUUGGCAGCAGAAUGGCAGUGAGCAGCAAGUAAAUAAAGAGGAAGGACGAGAGCUGCCUGAAGCUGGUUCUGUAGCUGUUUAGGUACUGCAUUGCAGCUAUUGACUAUAUUUUAAAGUUAUCUUUUUUAACAGCAAUUUAUAAAGUAUUUAUUAGGAAAGAGCUGCAAGAUUAUAUUUGCUGAUAAAUACAUGUCUCUUCUGCUGAUUGUCACCAUCUGCAAGUAUGAGGCAUAGUUUUUUUGAAACAAUUUCAUGGUAUGUCUAACAUUACGAUCUGGAGCCUACAUGUAUCUUUCUUUCGUUAGACAAUAUUGAGGGUAUAAUGAUUAUUUAUUAUGAAGAAAUCAAUAUGUUAUAUGAAAUAAAACAUGUCGUGAA